AUUGUUCCAUUAACAAAAAUACAAAAUGCAUGUUUGCAUAGCUCAGGUUUCCUUGGAUAAUUAACCUUUCAACUCUUGUUCUCUGACAUUAAAAAACCUGCCUGCACUUAUUGUAAUUUAAGUGUCAUUAGUUAUAAACUGCUGCAAAUUUGCUCCAAACAGCUUCAGUUUCUACUGCACGAUGGCGGAAGCGGGAGAUACAUUCCAGCUUACUUUGGUCAAGAGACCCACGUCUUCUCUGACUCCAGGAAAACCGAAAACCAUCCUCAGAGGCAAAUCGAUGGCCUUCACAGUGUAUUAUGAUGGGAAAAACAUGACUCCCAAACCGUUGAAUCCCGAACUGUACCAUUUGGCUAAAGAACGACAACUUGGGACUUACGAGGAGCUUUCGACGUUGUCUUGGGGGGAUAGCGGUUCAACCAUGGGAAAUACGUUCGACGCUCCCAGAUCGACUCUUCGAUUUAGAACUGAGAUGGCAGAAAACACUACUGUUGGAAGCUAUUUUCGUGGUGAUUCCAUUGAUUUAUUUGAGCCAGUGGUAGUGCGGGAUCUUCUAACUGAACUCGAUACAGAAGCAGCGCGACUGGAAUCAUCAGAAGUAGUGGUCGGCUCAUCCUUUGACUCCAUAACCGGCCAGAAAAUGAAAGCUCCCACUCAUAUAAGUUUGGUUUUGAGCGAAACUGAAACCACUUUCAUCCUGGACAUACCGAGCUGCGUUGCUUUGAAAGACACCGAAGAAGGAGAUGCAGCUGAGCUGAAGAAUCAGGAAUAUGAGUACCUGACUGUGGGUAAGGGCAGGAACAGAAAAGUGGUGAAUGCGGAAGCUCAAACAGUCCGGAUAUUGAAAAAGUCCAGAAACACUGAAGCCGAACCCAUGGAGCAUUGCAACAGGAACACUUUUGCUUCUAAUUGGGAAAUGUUUGAUACUUACGAUACGGCAGCUAAGGAGGAGUCCAAAGUUGAGUUGUCCUCUAGUUCAGAAGACAGCGAUGUCGAUACCUUAUUGUCCGAAUCCUCGCUCGAGAGCUAUAAAAUGGCAUCAGACGAAAAGCAAUUAUGCAAACUAAUGAAAAAUCCCAGAUUUCAAGAAGCCGUUUGUGUGGUGGAGCGCCUAUUGGCAAACAACUGUUUCAAUGAAGAGCAAAAGCGAUUUAGGGGUUUGUCCGAUCCAGACAUUUUCCGAGAUGAUAUCCAGUACAAGUAUAACUUGAAUCUGUUAUGGACGUUUGCAAAUAAUGCCACUAAAGGUCGUUGUGUCACAUCAUUCGAAUGGAAUCCAACUAACCAAGACCUGAUAGCUGUUGGAUACGGUAAAUUUUAUUUUGCUGAAACCAGCACUGGCAUGGUCAUGAUAUGGAACAUAAAAAAUCCCGUUCAACCUGAAAGAGUUUAUAAUUUUUUAAAUCCUGUAACUACGUUGAGCUUUUCCACCAAAGAUCCCAAUUUAUUAGCAAUCGGGUUCUACAACGGGCAUGUUCUGGUCCUAAAUAUUACAAGCCGAGAUAUAAACCUGAUCGGAGAAAAUGUGCCUGGAUUUGAUGCCGUUUGGAGUGUCGUCUGGAGGCCCAAUAUCGACCAAACAAAGGAAACUGAACAAAUUUGCGCGUCUUUUGAUGAUGGCCGGGUUAUAUUUUACACAAUAGAAAAUACCAAGGAUUUGCAGGCUCAACAAAUGAUGAGAGUAUCGAAAGCCGAUGGCAAACUCAAAGGGUACAAUUCAAUGAAAAAAUGUUCGAAUUUGACCAUUCCUGUGUCUCGGUAUGCAGGUGCCCGAUUCAUUCGCUGGCACCCCGAUGAUGCGAACGUUUAUUUAGUUGGAACCAAUGAGGGCGUGGUGCAUAAAUGUUCCACCAACUAUCUGAACCAGCACCUGGACUUGUUCUUGGCACAUGAUGGUCCAAUCAACGACUUGAAAUACUCCCCCUUCAGCCAGCAGAUUUAUGCUACUUGUGGGGAUGAUUGGCACCUGCGCAUCUGGGCUGAAGGUAUAUCCGAGCCUUUGCAUGAGUUGUUUGUCACCAUGAUGUCGGUCCAAGCAAUGGAUUGGAGCCCGACUCAUUCCACCAUUUUGGCUUCUAUCUAUGGAAAAACCAUUUUGCUCUGGGACUUUCAGAGAAAAGUCUGGAAGCCCCAGUCAGAGACUCAGUCACCUACUGGUUCCAGGAAUACCAUAGUCCAGUUCAUAGAAAGUGGAAGGUGUUUGAUAGUGGGCGAUAUUGAUGGCAAUGUGCAUGUGUUUGCGUUGGAAGACAUGCCGUUUCCUGCAUUUUUCCAGGAAAAUUUGCUGUUUGAUGCUUUGGAGAAAAGCCUAACCACCAACAUUGCUCUAAUGGAGAAGCUCAAGAAGCUGCGAAGAUCCAAACUCGGAGACUUUGAUAUGAGUAGCUGAGGUGUAAGAAGCGGAUGAUUUGUAUUGAAGAUACGAAGUUUCACAAGCUUCUGAUGGAACCGUUAAAUUUUUGCGAAAUUGAGGAGUUUAAUGCGACAAAGUGUAGCGGGAUGUUUUAAAAAGGACGCGUUUUAUUUGUCUCUCAAGUGAGAGAAUGAAUGAAAACAAAUUGUUAAUGAGAAGAAUUCGUUAUUUCAAACAUAAGAAAGAAGAGCAUCAAGAAUCGAAGUCACCAGAAAAAUGCACUACAAUCAAAAGACUUGCACUGCCUAAAAAUAAGUUCUCAAUAAAGUUAAUGAAAAAUCUUGUUA